AUGCCAGGAAGUUUGAAGAGUCAUUCGAUUACUGUGAAUAUAACCUCACAAUUGCGGUUUGGAGAAGAAUCCGCAGUGGAACUCAAACCUUUGGAUGUAGAGAGUCCCACUCUACCUGAUGAACCUAGUACUUCUGUGCCGUCGCGAUGUUCGCUUGAGUACCUCGUAUAUGCUCUUUACAUGAUGGGUUUUAUUAUCUAUGGUUUCUCUGUUGUCUCAGAGGUAUCUACGAAAUAUGCACCCUGGUUUUACUUAAGUAAACCGCGAUGGACGCUAUUGACAUUGGCACCUUUUCAUUCUGUUGGAUACAACGGCUCUGGUGAUGGACAAUGGAAGGCCCUGGAUGGUUGGUUAUGGCUUUUAGUGUUACUUUUCCUCGCUUUGGCAAUGGGUUCUAAACUAAUUCGAUGGUCAUUCCGUGGGAGAAAUGAGGUUGUAGCACUACAAUACUUUCACGUUUUUGUUGGUCUUAUUUUUGUUGCAUUUUUGCAUGGACCAUCUUUUUACCUUCCUAUUGUAUUUACAUUGAUAAACUAUGUAUUUGCUUUGAGGUGUAUUCGCUAUCAUCUCUCGUACCGUGUUUUCAUGACAUUGAUGUGGACCUUUCAGGUGGGAUUACUACUAAGCAUUAGUUAUACUGGAGGAUAUGCGAGGUUCUUUUUUGUUCCAGGACCAAAGACGUGGUGGUCUCAGAGAUUUCGUUGGUCUGUUGUAUUCAACAUGUAUACUCUUCGUAUGAUUGCAUUUAAUAUGGAUAUGUAUGAGGCCUUUCAUGAUGGGGCAGCACUGCAAGAGAAGGCCGUGCAGAAGCAUGAUGCUGUGUGUGUGGAGUGUGCACAGAUGCGGGAAUCCAACCCCAACCGCGGUGAAGGGACUCACACUGCGCGGUGCUACAAGUUCCGCACAGAGUACCCAUGCCAGCUGCGGGACUACAAUCUGCUGAGCUACAUGACAUACAUAUUAUAUGUUCCACUGUACAUUGCGGGUCCCAUGUCCUCCUUUAAUGCCUUCGUUUCACAUCUUCAUUACCCUACUACCGUCAUGACAAGGAAGCAAAUGUUAUUUUAUGCAUUUCGUGUCCUUUUGAUCUAUGUUGUCUUGAUAGUAUUGCUCCACUUUGCGUUUGUGAACGCAUUUCGUACUUAUCCGAAGUUUUUGGCAAAACUAAGUAUUUCACAAUUGGCUUAUCUUUUAUACUAUUCCUUGGCUUUUCUAUGGUUGAAGUUCAGCCUUGUAUGGAAACUAUCUAGACUUGCAGCGAUAUUAAAUGGGGUUGAUGUACCAGAAGAUAUGCGUCGCUGCUUUAGUAAUACUGUAAGUGUUCGAGAUUUUUGGCGAGAUUGGCAUGCCUCAUUCAAUUUAUGGAUUGUACGAUAUAUGUACAUCCCUAUGGGUGGUAACAAGAAGAAACAUCUGAAUAUUUUUCCCAUUUUUUUCUUUAUUGCGAUAUGGCAUGAUAUUGAACUUCAUUUGUUGUAUUGGGCAUCGUGUAUAAUUUUCAUAUUUGUAUUGGAACUUCUAGCUGGGUAUGUAUGGAAUCUCCCAUUUUUUUCUCGUUUGCAUCACUUUCGUUAUCAGCGUCUUCUGCGUUCCUUUGGUGGAGCAUUUUCUGUAUUUGGUCUUAUUGUGGCUAAUUUGAUUGGUUUUUCCCAGACACGUUCUGGUAGUGUAGGCCAAACAGAUCACCUUAUUACUAGUGGAUUGUACGCCGCAGAUCCAAAUUUUUAUCUUUUUUCGUUUUUGACUUUCUUCUGUGCCGCGGCUAUGGGUAUUAUUGAGCGUGAUAUCGAAGCGGUAGAAUUGUUGCGACUGAAGAAAAAGUAUAAACUGAACUGA